CCAGCUGUUCACCGCGUCCGCUGAGUGCUUUCGCGGAAAAAAAGUAAUUGCACAAACGACCGAGCCGAGCCGGAAAAUAGAAUGUCCAACGAUACGACGGGCUGUGUAGUUUUAGCUUCAGCGUGUUGAUUGAUUCCCCUUCAAUGGCUGCACUACUGCCACAGAUGCGCACACACACGCCCUGUGCAUUUUGAUGCAUUCAUAUAUGUAUAACAGUUGAUAACGACAACUACAGCAACAGAGCCGCAGGCCAAUCGCAUCGCGUCCCAUCGCGUCGCGUCGUAUUGAACCGCAUUCAAGUGUUUUGUUAUUUAGUCUUUCAACGUGCUUCGAAUAAUUCAUACUUCACAAUUUCAAACGCGGAACGAAAGUGAAUGUCGGUGAACACACAAUAAAAUUAUGUAAAGACAAUAGCAACAACAACUCUCUGCCUUUUUGUGUGCGUAAGUGUGGCAUUCGCUUAUCAGAGUGUCUGCCCAUUUAAUGGAAGCUGCGCCGGCAAAAUGUGCUACCUGCCGCAAUCAGUGCUAAACCUCCUUCACACACAACAGCAUCAGCAGCAGCAGAAACGCGACAGACAACGACAGCGGCACAUCAAGCAGAAACUUAAAAUAGCCGGAGCCCCUUGUUGAGCGCCACUCGAAUCGCCCGCAAAUAAACUACAGACAAUACAGACAACACCCACUACAAGAGAAUAAGCUGCUUCAGCGACGAUUAUGUAUAAUGAAGGAAACCAAUUAGGCAAAUAUAUGCUCAAAUAAUUGGAUAAUUCGCCAUGCAAAAAGACACCUAGAGGGAGAAAUUGAACAGGAUUGCCGUGACAAUACUCAAAUACUACACCGGCCAUAGGAAAAAAUAUCAUACUGGAGGCCUCACUUACUUUGAAGCGCAUUUUUGCCCGCAAAAUUGGCUACAACACGAAAUCAAAGUCAAUUUUAGCGGCCAUGCGCACAAAACACUUGAUCCUGAUACUAAUCGGGGUGAUAUUCGCAACGAUUGUGUUCAUCGCCGUUGGGCCAGCCGGCGAGCCGAACGAUUCAUUCAAGAACAUCGUCGUCCAGACGCACCAGCAGUUGAAAGAGUUUCAGGAGAAUCUGCGCGUGGGGCUGGAGCGGAAGAAGCUCGAAAUAGAUGCCAAGUAUCUGGUGCUGCUCGGUUUCACCACCGCCAAGGAUGGCUCGCAACAGCAGAUGCAGCAGCAGCAGCAAAAGGAGCUGCAGCAGGACCAUCAGCAGCUGCCACAGACAGACCCAGGACCUGCUACCAAGGCGGAGCUGGAGCUUGGCGAUCUGCGUCGCCAGCAGGCACAGGAAGCGGGCGCCAACGCUGGGAAGCCGGAGAAGGAGGUGGGGCAGCGCAAGCGGAUCACCACGCCGUACAAUGGCACCAAGAGCAACUUCACCAUUGUCACGUACGUGCAGGAGGGUCAGGCACCAUCGGCCAUUCUGCUGGCCCAGAACAUCGCCGUCAAACUGCCCGGCGAGCACCUGCUCAUCUACGACCUGGGCGUGUCGGAGGAGCAACUGAAGGCCCUCAACGCCUACUGCAACAUUAGUCGUUGCGCCGUCAUCACCUACGACCUGUCCGAGUUCCCCUCGUUCGUCGGCGACCAGCGGACGCACGCCUAUCGGCCCAUUGUGAUAAAGGACGCCCUGCUGCGUGCCCGGUCAGUGCUGUUCGUGGAGAACUACAUGCGGAUGCGUGGCGGCUACCACGAGCUGCAGGAGCUGCAGAGUCGCGGCAUGGUGGCCGGUGUCCUCGGCUGGAGUACGCCCACGGCGGUCUCCUCGCUCACCCAUCCCAAGAUGUUCGACUUCUUCGAGUCGAAUGCCGAGGACUUUAUAUUCCUCCGGAUGGUCGAUCUCGAUGUGGUCUUCUUCGUGGACAAUCUGUUUGUCACCGAGAAGAUCCUGCUGCCGUGGCUCAAGUGCUGCCUCACCCAGGAGUGCAUCGAUCCAAUUGGUGCCCAAUCGAACGGCUGCAAAUUCAACAAGAAGCCGCUGUAUCGGUACUCUGGCUGCCAUGGCUACGAUGCAUCCGCUUUCAAUAUUGUCCUGGGUCUGACUUGGCGCUGGGACAACUCAAAGUACUCGCUGCCCAGCGACGAUGCCAAGAACAUGUUCUACAAGGAGACACUGGAGCAGGCAACCCGAAUACUGGAGAGUCGACGACGCAACAGCAGCGAGACAUCCGAUCAUCCGUUCACGGAGGACUGAGCGCAGGCAGGAUCAGUGGGAUCAGCAUUUGAUAUAACAUUUUAUACGAGCAUCCGCACACAGACACACACGACACACUCAGGAGCCGGUAGAUCAAAGCAAGCUUGAUGCCAAUUUGCAAAAACUUGAAACCGAAUAAAAGUCUUUAAUCUAGUUUAGCUAGCACGCAUGCUAUUCUUAGCUUGUCGAUGAUGGGGUCAUCGUGAUCUGGAGUGGCGUUUACAUGGCAGCUUCUACGCUUGAGAUGAUGAGAUGACGGAGACCAAGAUCAGGACCAGAUCAAAGCAGCAGACUAAUACGUGUAGCUUAUCGAUACAACCAACCCCUUAGUCAAGCCCUAGUUACUUACUAUACUUGUUUAACUUACUCGUUUUUCGCUUCGCGGAUCGUUGAACUACCCUGUUUAGUUAUUUUCUACCGCGUAAAUACCCUGUAAAUACAUAAGUAUAUCAAAUGGCAUACAUUUUGUGAUUGUAUUUUAUAGUUACAUCCAUACCAAUAACCAUAACUAUACACGUACUCGUACACGUACACUCAGAUAUCCAUAUAUAUAUAUAAAUAUAAUAAAAACUUAUUGUAACUAUCGUAGGACAGGAUGAGCCAAAAACAAUUAAGUUUAUAA